AUGUCUCUUCGUUAUCUAAACGUUCAACUUCGUUACACAUGUAUUCUUGAACAUUUUGUUGAACUUUUACCCAAUCUCGAACAAUUAUCAAUUAACCUUCGACCUUUUUGGGUUAGAAAUCGAUUAAAUGAAUUGGCAACUAAUACAUUUGGAAUAUUCAAUGAAAAUUGGUCUAAUAAAGUAGAGAAAUUAAAAUAUUUUAUUCUAUAUGGUGUCAUUGAUAACGAUUGUCAGUUAUAUUAUUUGAAAUGGCUUUUUAGCAAUUUAAAUUAUCUUAUUCAAUUAAAACUUUAUCUUAAAAUUAAUAAAAUUUACAAAACAAAUAUAAUAACUAAUGAAUCUCCAGUUGAUGCAAAUUUCAUUCGUAAAUAUUUUAUGGGUGAUACAUUAACUAAUUUAAUACAUUUCGAUUUUUACAUAAUUUCUGAAUGUGAGUUAUUCUCAAAUAAUUCUGAAAGAAUAAUUAAUUCGUUUAAAAAUGAACCUUUCUUUGUUGAACACCAAUGGACAAAUGUUAAAUAUUUAUUUGAUCCAAUAAAAUCAUAUCAACAUCUAUCAUCUUCUAUAAUUAAUAUGUCACGAUUAUUCCAUGACUUGAUAGAUUAUCCAGAGUUAUUUGAAUGGCCAAAUAUUACAUGUAUUCAAGUAGAUUUUUGUCCAGAUGCUUAUGAAUUUUUGAAAGAAUUCAAUAAAUUAUGUCCUAAGGUUUCUUGUAUUAAAUUUAAUAUAACAUGUUAUGACUAUUCCAUGAAUGAAAAUAAGACACGUGCAAUAAUACUUGCUCAUCUCAUUUCAAUGCCAGUUCAAUUAACUUAUCUUCGAGUACAACAAUUUCAAUGGCUUUUGCAUCUUGUUGAAUACGCAUCCAAUCAACUAAGAAAAAAUACGUUGAACUCUGUUAAAUAUUUGGGAAUUUGUCUUACUAGUUGUCAUUUUGGCUCAAAUGAAUCGAUUCAACUUGGCAAAUCUCUUGUACCUUUUCUUAGUAAUUAUAUGCCUCAUUUAGAAAUAUUGUGUCUUUGGAGACCAGAUGAUUUUCCUUGGACAUCUAGUAAUUUAAAAAUGCUUUUCUCUUUACAAGUUCGACCAGAUUUUAAACCAGCAUACUAUGGUAUUUUGGCUCAACAAUGGAGAAGAUCUUUACGGACAUUUGAAUCGAUUGUUCAACAUGUUAAUAUUUUUGAACAAGAUCUCUGUCAAUUAGUGGAUCAAUUGAAACAAUUACUCUUUCUAGAUAUUUAUGGGUCGAUUGAAAAUGAGAAAACUGAAGCUUAUCGCAUCAUGAUACAGAAACGAUUUUGUAAUAGUCAAUUUCUUCUUGAAAGAUCAAGAUUUCGUCUUUGGAUAUAG